UCUAAUAGAGUUAAAUAUGGAUAUUUAGGUGUUGAUGCAAUAUGGAUUACAUCAGAUUUUAAAAUUAAAGAUGUAAUGCUAGAAAUAAAAUAUGCACCUUCUCCUCACACAGCUAAAAUUAUUGCUGAAUUACUUUAUCAAUAUAUUACAAGUUGGAAUUUUAAAAGACAUGUAAUAGCAAUUGUUUCAAAUAAUGGUACAAAUAUAAAAUCAGCAUUUCCUAUAUUAAUUCAAAAAGAAAGAUUAGAAGAUGUACAAUCUAAAUUAAAUUAUAAAGAUAUAUUACAAUGUAUUCAAGAUGUUUCAACACGAGGAACUUAUGUAACAUUAAGUACUAUAAUAUCAAUUAUUAAAAAAUUAAUUUUUGAUUUGACUUGUGAAUCUCCAUUAAAUAAUAUUAAUUAUUUUGAUGAAAAUACUAUAUUUGAAACAAAACCUUUUACUAAUGAAUUAUUAAUUGAAAUUGAAGAUGAAAUUAUUAGUAAUAUAUCAAAAAGAAAAGUUUCUAUUAAAAAUCCAUUAGAUACAACAGGAAUUUUGAAAAAAGUUAAAAAUAAUAUCUAUUUUGCAUUAAUUUAUUAUUGGAAUUUUUCUAAUGAUAUAAAAUUAAUGGCUUCUCUAUUAGAUCCAUGUUUUAAAACAUUGGAUUUUGUAGAAUCUGAAGAUGAAAAAAUGAGAAUAAUUCAAAAACUUCAUAAUAAACUUGAUUUAAAUAAUUUAUCACCUGUAGAAUCAUCUAGUUCAACUAUACCUUUAACAAAUAAUACAGAAUUUUUAUUAUUUAUUUAG